AUGUCGCUCAACGCUGCCGCUGCCGCGGAUGAGCGAAGUCGCAAGGAGAUGGACCGGUUCCAGGUGGAGCGCAUGGCUGGGCAGGGUACAUUCGGCACAGUGCAACUAGGCAAGGAGAAGUCGACGGGCAUGAGCGUGGCGAUCAAGAAGGUUAUCCAGGACCCGCGCUUCCGCAACCGCGAGCUGCAGAUCAUGCAGGACCUCGCCGUGCUGCACCACCCCAACAUUGUCCAGCUCCAGAGCUACUUCUACACCCUGGGUGAGCGCGACCGCCGCGAUAUCUACCUCAAUGUCGUGAUGGAGUACGUGCCGGAUACGUUGCACCGCUGCUGCCGCAACUACUACCGCCGUCAAGUGGCGCCACCGCCGAUCCUGAUCAAGGUCUUCCUUUUUCAGCUGAUCCGAAGUAUCGGGUGCUUGCACCUGCCCUCCGUAAACGUGUGCCACCGCGACAUCAAGCCGCACAACGUGCUCGUCAACGAGGCGGACGGCACACUCAAGCUGUGCGAUUUUGGCAGUGCGAAGAAACUCUCGCCGUCGGAGCCGAACGUGGCAUACAUCUGCUCUCGUUACUACCGCGCCCCUGAGCUCAUCUUCGGUAACCAGCACUACACGACCGCAGUCGACAUCUGGUCGGUGGGGUGUAUCUUCGCUGAGAUGAUGCUUGGCGAGCCCAUCUUCCGCGGCGACAACAGCGCCGGCCAGCUGCACGAAAUUGUGCGCGUGCUCGGCUGCCCUUCGCGCGAGGUGCUGCGUAAGCUGAAUCCGUCGCACACGGACGUGGAUCUAUACAAUAGCAAGGGCAUCCCGUGGAGCAACGUGUUCUCUGAUCAUUCGCUGAAGGACGCCAAGGAGGCGUACGAUCUUCUUAGUGCCCUGCUGCAGUACUUGCCGGAGGAGCGCAUGAAGCCUUACGAGGCACUGUGCCACCCUUACUUCGACGAGCUUCACGACCCCGCCACGAAGCUGCCGAAUAACAAGGAUCUCCCUGAAGACCUCUUCCGCUUCCUGCCGAACGAGAUCGAGGUCAUGAGCGAAGCGCAGAAGGCCAAGCUAGUUCGCAAGUAG